AUGAAGGGUAUCAUGCGGUUCGAAAAGAAGGGAAAGUUGGCACCUAGAUUUGUAGGACCAUACAAGAUCACUGAGAAGAUUGGUAUUGUAGCUUACAAAUUAGCCCUACCACUUGCUUUAGCUAUGAUUCACAAUGUGUUCCGUGUAUCUUUAUUGCGGAAAUGUGUGCAAGACCCUUCCCAAGUAAUACCACCAGAAGUGUUGGAGAUUAGUGAUGAUCUAACGUAUACGGUGCGACCGGUUACUAUUCUAGACCGAGAUGUAAAGCAGUUGUGGCACAAGAAAGUGAACUUGGUGAAAGUGCAAUGGAGCAAGCAUGAGAAUGAUAUCACUUGGGAAUUGGAAGAGAAAGUUCGGCGUAUGCACCCGGAGCUUUUUGCUUAG